AUGGGUUCACCUACCCAAGGAGUGCCUGUGUUUCCUUGCAGUAACGAGAAGGAGCGGGCGAAAGCCCGCGUGAAGAAGAAGGAGGACCCGAGUGCCAUCAAGGAGCGGGAGGUCCCCCAGCAUCCCUCUUGCUUGUUCUUCCAGUAUAAUACGCAGCUGGGCCCCCCUUAUCACAUCCUGGUUGACACUAACUUCAUCAACUUCUCCAUCAAGGCCAAGCUGGACCUAGUGCAGUCAAUGAUGGACUGUCUCUACGCCAAGUGUAUUCCAUGUAUCACAGAUUGUGUAAUGGGUGAAAUUGAGAAGUUAGGACAGAAGUACCGUGUGGCAUUAAGAAUUGCCAAGGACCCUCGCUUUGAACGCUUGCCAUGUAUGCACAAAGGGACCUACGCAGAUGACUGCUUGGUACAGAGGGUCACUCAGCACAAAUGUUACAUUGUGGCCACGGUGGAUAAAGAGCUCAAGCGGAGAAUACGAAAAAUCCCUGGAGUGCCUAUAAUGUAUAUCUCCAGGCACAGAUACAAUAUUGAGAGGAUGCCAGAUGAUUAUGGAGCUCCUCGAUUUUAACCUGUCCAGCCAAGCCGUUGAUGCCAGGAUAAGGGUUCUUCUGGUUCCAAUCCUCCUGCUUUCUUUUUUGCUGGGACUCUGCUCAUAGGACUGUGGGUGACAUUGGACUGACUUCAUAGCCUUGAUCUUCGAAGAAAAAGCUACUUGGAAGAGCCUGUUUUUAUUCAUCCUUGUUCUGACU